AUGGUGCUGCACGAAUAUGACUACAUCUUUGCCAUUGGCACUCUGUUUGCCAUGCUGGAUGCCUACAACAACGGAGCCAACGAUGUUGCCAACUCCUGGGCCACCAGUGUCUCCUCCAGAUCCAUCUCCUACCGACAAGCCAUGAUCUUCGGCACCAUAUUCGAGAUGCUGGGCGCCAUUACGGUCGGUGCACGAACUGCUGAAACAAUCAAGAACGGCAUCAUCCCCAACUCUGCCUUCAAUGGCAACGCCGGCGUCCAGAUGCUCGCCUUCACCUGCGCCCUCGCCGCCGCUUCCUCUUGGGUCAUGUGGUGCACCCGUCACUCCGCUCACGUUUCAUCGACAUACUCCCUCAUCUCAGCUGUCGCUGGUGUCGGUGUUGCUACUGUGGGAGCCUCGCAGGUUCAAUGGGGAUGGAACAAUGGCAAGGGUCUUGGCGCCAUCUUCGCUGGUCUGGGUAUGGCGCCCGCCAUUGCUGCUGGGUUCGCGGCCAGCAUCUUCCUGCUCAUCCGCUUCGUCGUCCACGUCCGGAAGAACCCUGCGCCUUGGGCCGUCUACACCUCGCCCUUCUUCUUCCUCAUCGCCGGCACCAUCUGCACGCUGUCCAUUGUCUACAAGGGCUCUCCUUCUCUUGGCCUGGCCAAGAAGCCCGGUUGGUACAUUGCAGCCGUCACAAUGGGCACUGGCGGUGGUGUUUGCCUGCUGUCCGCCAUCUUCUUUGUCCCAUUUGCCCGUGCCAAAAUCCUGAAGAAGGACUACACCGUUAAGUGGUGGAUGUUCCUCCUCGGGCCUCUUCUGUGGAAUCGCCCUGCGCCCGCCGAUGCUGAGUCUGCCGCUGUGCCCGACUACGCUGUCGUCCAAGAGCACAGGGACGAACACUCCUCCGGUCACUCAGUCGAUGGGUCUCUCGAGAGUGGCGAGGGCCUCAAGAAGGGCGAUGCCGAUAUCACCACUACUCCUGCUGAGAAGAGCCUGGCCGCUGUUGAAGCCAACAAGCCCACCUACUCCGAGCUCAUGGCCGAGACGCAGAACAGGUUCAACGCCAGGCUGUACGCCAGACGGGGCCCUAUUGGCUGGGCCAUGCGCACACUCCGUGACAACCCCAUGGGCCCUGGUGAGAUCUAUGAGUGGAAGAACAUCAAGAUCCUUGCUAUCCGUAUUCCCGCCAUGAUCGUCGCUGGCCUCCUCUACGGCCUCUAUUACGACAUUCACGCUGCACAGACCGGUACGGAGGGCACUCCCGACGGUGACCGCAUGAAGCGGGUCUACGCCCACGCGGAGAAGUUCCCCAACGAGGUCGAGCACACCUACUCCUUUAUCCAGGUUCUGACUGCCUGCACUGCCUCAUUCGCUCAUGGUGCCAACGAUAUCGGCAACUCUGUCGGCCCCUGGGCCGUUAUCUACUCUGCCUGGAAGACUGGCAAUGCUGCGGCCGCCAAGGCUCCUGUGCCCGUCUGGCAGCUGGCUGUUCUCUCCGGUAUGAUCUCCAUCGGCCUUUGCACCUAUGGAUACAACAUCAUGAAGGUCAUGGGUAACAAGAUUACCUACCACUCUCCUUCCCGUGGUUGCUCUAUGGAGAUGGGUGCCGCCAUCACUGUCCUCGUCUUCUCCCAGUACUCCCUGCCCGUUUCUACCUCUAUGUGCAUCACUGGUGCCACCGUCGGCGUCGGCCUCUGCAAUGGCACCCUCAAGGCAGUCAACUUCCAGCGAGUCGGACUCUUGCUCUUCUCCUGGAUCAUGACCAUCCCUAUAGCUGGCACCCUCGGCGGUGUCCUCAUGGGUCUCUUCCUUAACGCUCCCCAUUUUGCUUCCACUACCGGUUCUGCUUAA